GCAUCAUGGAAAGGUUUCCGGCGAGGCCAAGCGGCGCGGCGCCGAAGGUUCCGCCCAAGGGGCAGCGUGGAUCGGGAGAGCAGCUGGGAAGGCUUGGGUGACAUUUUCUCCUACCAUGAACGAAGCAGAGCUGGUUGAAGCUUUUAAAACCAAGAUUACACAGGAGCCAGAUGUUGCCUCUGCUGUGGCAGCCAUCAAUGUCUUGUUGGAGUUCUUGAAGAGGGACAAAGGUGAGACAAUUCAGGGGUUGAGAGCAAACCUCAAACAUGCAAUAGAAAUUCUCUCUGGUGUUGACUCUUCAGUUGCUGUCUCUUCUGGGGGAGAGCUCUUCUUAAGAUUCAUCAGCCUCACGUCUUUGGAGAAUCCAGACUAUUCCAAAUGCAAAGAUAUCAUGAUUCAGCGAGGGAAGCUUUUCCUCGCUCGAACCUCUAAUUCAAGGAGCAAAAUUGCCGAACUUUGCCACACUUUUGUCAAAGAUGGUGGGAGAAUCUUAACUCACGCUUACUCCAAAGUGGUCCUGCGAGUGUUAGAAGCCGCCGUAGAAGCAAAGAAACGUUUCAGCGUCUACAUCACUGAAUCACAGCCUGAUCAAGCAGGGCAAAAGAUGGCAAAGGCACUCAGUAAACUUGGCAUUCCUGUGACCAUCAUCCUGGAUGCUGCCGUUGGCUACAUCAUGGAGAAAGUGGACCUGGUGAUAGUUGGCGCUGAAGGAGUGGUAGAAAAUGGAGGAAUUAUUAACAAGAUUGGCACAAAUCAAAUGGCUGUGUGCGCCAAAGCUCAGAACAAGCCCUUCUACGUGGUGGCAGAGAGCUUCAAGUUUGUGAGACUCUUCCCUCUGAACCAACAGGAUGUCCCAGAUAAAUUUAAGUACAAAGCUGACACGUUGAAUCAGCGUAAAGCACUUACAGAGGAGCAUCCCUGGAUCGAUUAUACCUCCCCAUCUUUGAUCACUCUGCUCUUUACAGACCUUGGGGUCCUGACCCCCUCUGCUGUUAGCGAUGAACUGAUUAAACUCUACUUGUAAAAUUGUC